AUGAGGUUCUCUGACCAUUGGGUUCAGUUGGCUAUGCAAUGUGUGCGGACUGCGACUUUUUAUGCAUUGGUUAAUGGACGACCAUCCCCUAUCUUCACUCCGCAGCGGGGGUUGAAGCAGGGUGAUCCGUUGUCUCCAUACUUGUUUAUUCUCUGUGUGUUAUUUUUUUCCCGGGCUACCGUUGAGGAGGAAAAUGUGAUUGGGUCGAUUUUGGAAUUUUAUGAGGUUGCUUUUGGCCAGAAAAUUGAUAUUGAAAAAUCUCAGCUUUCUUUUAGCCGUAAUGUGCCUAGUACCAUAGUUGAUGAGCUUGUGGAGCUUUUGGGUGUGAAGGCAAUGGAAAGUUAUGAGAAGUAUUUCGGGCUUCCUACCAUUAUUGUUAAGUUAAAGUCUCAGGUAUUUGCUUUUGUCAAUGAUAGGGCAUGGAAGAAGUUGAAGGGUUGGAAGGAGAAGGUUUUGUUCAAACGGGGAGGGAGAUUCUUAUCAAAUCGGUGGUCCAAUCUAUCCCCGCCUAUGGGAUGA